AUGAGAUUGGGAUCCACGGUCGACUCACAGAUCAACUGUCAAAUAUGUUUCACGGAGCUGCCCAAAGGUGUCCAGCUGACCCAGUUCAAUCUCCUGGCCACCCUCGACUCCCAACUGCAACCUACCAUGGUUCCUCUCAAUGAGAUAACCUUGCUGACAGUCAAUUCAUGGUUCCAUGCCUUUGAGUGACUAACGCUCAUCACAACUGCGACAAUGGGAACACGUCUGGUAUACCUGCCCAAAUUCGAGGAGAAUCUCUUCCUCUCCGCCAUUGAGAAAUACCGUGUGAUGAUGGCAUUCAUGGUGCCACCAUUGAUGGUCUUCCUGGCCAAGCAUCCCAUUGUGGAUCGUGAAACUGAGGAUCAGAUAAAGGAGCGAUUCAUCCAUCAAGGAUAUAAAUUGAGCGAGUCCACGUUGAGUGUGCUGGUGCAGAAUGAUGACUUCUGCAAACCUGGCAGCGUUGGCGUCCUCAAGGUUGGCAUCUAUGCCAAGGUUAUUGAUCCCGAUACGGGCAAACUCUUGGGUGCCAAUGAACGUGGUGAACUUUGCCUCAAAGGUGAUGGCAUCAUGAAGGGCUACUUUGGCGAUAUAAAGUCCACACAGACGGCGAUUAAGGAUAACUGGCUGCACACUGGUGACAUUGGCUACUAUGAUGAUGAAUUCGAAUUCUUUAUUGUGGAUCGCAUUAAGGAGCUGAUCAAAUACAAGGGAUUCCAGGUGCCACGAGCUGAAAUCGAAGCAUUGCUCUUAACCAACGAUAAGACUAAAGAUGCUGCCGUCAUUGGCAAACCCGACGAAGAGGCUGGUGAGCUGCCCAUGGCAUUUGUGGUCAAGCAGGCGAAUGUCACCGAGGAUGAUGUCAUACAAUUUGUGCAAGAGCGUGCUUCUCAAGCCAAGCGUAUUCGUGGUGGUGUCAUUUUCAUCGAUGAGAUACCCAAAAUCCCCAGUGGCAAAAUAUUGCGACGUGUUCUACGCGACAUGUUGAAGAAGCCAAAGUCCAAGUUGUAAACUUUUUAAGCGUAGCAAAUCAUUUGUUGUACAAAUUUUUUAAGUUUUCCAUUACGCUUUAUUAUUACAUAUUACUAAACUCUGGUUUUGUUUUCAAUGUGUUUUAU